AUGUACGUGGCGCUUAUCGCACAGUGGCAGCGACGAAUACUCGUGGACACAGCACUUCGGAGAAUGUCGUCUUGUACACUGGGGACACCUCGAAGAGACGUAUCUCGUGAAGCCCGUUGUGUGCCGUGCGAGGGCAUCGGGUCGGCGCUCAGCGCUGAGCAAGUGGCGGAGUUGGUCGCCACCAAGACACCCCAGUGGACGACAACUCCUGACACAAAACGUCUGCAUCGCACUUGGGUUCGUCCAAACUUUAAAGAUGCUAUGGAAUUUUUGAACCGUAUAGCGGAUGUUGCGGAAAAGGAAGGACACCACCCGGACCUGCACCUCACGAACUGGAACCGUGUUCGCGUGGAGCUCUGGACGCACGCUCUGGGCGGUCUCACCGAGAACGACUUUAUAUUGGCUAUGAAAGUCGAUGAGAUAGCAGAGCAAGGUCAAAAGUAG